CACUGGUUUGAUGGUAUGGCUCUCCUGCACCAGUUCAAAAUAACCAAUGGAAGCGUGACCUACAAAAGCCGCUUCCUGUCCAGUGACAGUUACAAAGCCAACAAUGAGGAAAACCGCAUCGUAGUGUCAGAGUUUGGCACGCUCACCAUGCCAGACCCCUGCAAGAACUUCUUCCAGCGCUUCCUGUCAAGAUUUGAAUUACCAAGUAAAUAUUUUAUCCCAUCAGAUAAUGCCAAUGUGAGUUUUGUGACCUACAAAGGGGAUUAUUAUGUCAGCACGGAGACCAAUGUGAUGCACAAGGUGGACCCUGAGACACUGAAGACCACUCAAAAGGUGGACUGGAGCAAAUUCGUUGCUGUGAACGGAGCGACCGCGCACCCUCACACUGAUCCUGAUGGAACAACUUACAACAUGGGAAAUUCAUACGGAAUCAAAGGAGCGACCUACAACAUCAUCAAAGUGCCACCGACCAAGAAUACAGCUGGGGAUACCCUGGAGGGAGCCACUGUGUUGUGCUCCAUUCCCUCCGUAGAAAAGAGCAAACCAUCCUACUACCACAGUUUUGCAAUGUCUGAGAACUACGUGGUGUUCAUUGAGCAGCCCAUAAAGAUGGACCUGUUGAAGAUUGUGACAGGAAAGUUGACAGGUAAAAGCAUCAGUGAGAGCAUUUCCUGGGACCCAAAACUCAACACUAUCUUCCACCUGAUUCACAAGCAGACAGGAGAGCUCAGCACCAUAAAGUACCUUGCCGCGGCGCUGUCAACUUUCCACCAGAUCAACGCGUACGAGGAGGACGGUUUCUUGAUCAUAGACAUGUGUGCUGGAGAUGAUGGCCAGGCAAUCAACAAUUACAACCUACAAAGCCUGCGCAAGAAUGGAGAAGAUCUCGAUGAGGUGUACAACACCAUGUGUAGAGUAUUCCCACGACGUUUCGUUCUGCCUCUCAAUGUGGACCGUGAUACGCCCUACGACCAGAACUUGAACGGGCCAGACUGUACCGCAACUGCUAUAAGAACUGAUAAGAACAAGGUCUUCUGCACCCAUGAGGACCUCCACGGAGAGGAUCUUCAUCAAUACGGAGGUCUUGAGUUCCCUCAGAUUAACUAUGGCAAGUACAACACCCACUCCUACCGAUACUUCUACGGCUGCGGCUUCAGACAUCUUGUAGGAGACACACUGAUCAAGAUGGAUCUCCAGGGGAAACACAUGAAGGUGUGGGAACAGCCUGGUCUGUAUCCUUCUGAACCAGUCUUCGUACCUUCCCCUAAUGCAACAGAGGAGGACGAUGGUGUCAUCAUGUCUGUGGUCAUCACACCCAACAAGGACAAGAGUACAUUCCUCCUGGUUUUAGAUGCCAAAACAUUUAAGGAGCUUGGCAGGGCUGAGGUGCCUGUCAACAUCCCGUACGGAUUCCACGGGACAUUCAACUCCACGCAAUAGACGCGUGACGAGGA